CAGUUCAGUUUGGUUUUUCACCCAAGAACGAAGGAAGAGAUUACAGUGGAAUUUUCUGUAUUAUGAGAGUUUUCCAAGUCCACUCCUCACAGUCACCAAUGGAGGCAAAGAUUUUAUCUAGAGGUUCAUAUUUCUCAUCAGACUCAUGGUGGCUUAAAGGAGAACAUUAGAGCAGGUUAGAGCAUAUAUAGCUAGGUAAUCUUCACCGCCAGCGCAUGCUCAGAACUCAAUCUGUCCUGAGCACUUCAAUCGAGGACAGAAGUAUGAAGUGGCUUGGACUCCUCGGGCUGGUAGCUCUCUCAGAGUGCAUGGUCAUAAUCCCUGUUACGCAAAUGAAAGCCAUACGAGAAACGCUAAGGGAAAGAAAUUUGCUGACAAAUUUCUCUGAGGAACACCCUUACAGCCUGUCCCAGAAUGCCACUAAUGACCAAAACAUAAUUUAUCAUCCCCUGAGGAACUACAAGGAUUUAGUCUACAUUGGCACCAUCGCCAUUGGAACGCCCCCUCAGGAGUUCAGGGUCAUAUUUGACACCGGCUCCUCUGACCUGUGGGUGCCCUCCAUCCACUGCCACAGUCCGAGCUGCUUGACACACAAUCUCUUCAACCCUCACAAGUCCACCACCUUCAGGCUCCUGGACAAGUCCGUUGACAUCAUCUAUGCCUCUGGGAGGAUAAAAGGAGUCCUUGGCCAAGACAUCAUUCAGAUUGGGAACCUUCUCCACUUCAACCAGACCUUUGCCAUGAGCCAGAAGCUAUCCAAAAAUUUUUUUCAAAAUGCACCUUUUGAUGGCAUCCUGGGCCUGGGCUUCCCCAGCCUCGCCAUCCAAGGAACCACCCCACUCUUUGACAACCUGAAGAACCUUGGACUUAUUCCUUACCCUCUCUUUGCCUUCUACUUGAGCAGCCGGAGGGAGAAUGGCAGUGUGCUGAUGUUUGGUGGGGUGGACCACUCCUACCAUACAGGAAAGCUCAACUGGGUACCAGUGUCCCGAACCCACUACUGGCAGAUAACCAUGGGCCGCAUCUCCAUGAACGGGAAGGUAAUUGCUUGUAAACGUGGCUGCCAGGCUAUUAUGGAUACUGGGACUACAUUCCUGCUUGGCCCAAGUAGACACAUCGCCGAAAUCCGGAGGCUUAUCCGCAACAGGCCCUUUGGAAGUCUGCAGUACACAGUUCCAUGUAACAUCACCAGCACCCUGCCUCCUCUCAUCUUCACCAUCAAGGGCAUCGACUACCCAGUGCCCGCUCAAGCCUACAUUCAUAAGAGUUCUCAGGGCCUCUGCUACAGCACCUUUCAGAAUGGCAAACAGCAUAAGAAUGAGGCAGAGACCUGGGUCCUGGGUAACGUCUUCCUGAGGCUGUACUUCUCAGUUUAUGAUCUGGAAAAGUACAGGAUUGGCCUGGCUCCUGCAGUGUAAAUCCAGGCUGCUACAGGAAUCAGUCAGGCUCACACCAAACACACACUCACUCACACGUAGGGCACUCUGGCCCAGGGAUGCUGGUGAAUUGUGCUUGGUGCUCUGCAAAGCCCUCGUCUCAGGAAAGAAUGAAGGAGUUUGGGAUUUCCUUGAUGACUCAGUGGUAAGGAAUCCACUUGCCAAUGUGGAAGACAGGGGUUCAAUCCCUGAUGUGAGAAUUUCCCACAUGCUGUGGAGCAACUACGCCCCUGUGCCACAACCAUGGAGUCUGUUCUGGGAGCCUGAGUCUGGGAGCCACAAUCACUGCACCCACACGCCACAGCUACUGAGGUCCGAAGUUGCUCUAAUGCCUGCCCUGCAACAAGAGAAGCCACCACAGUGAGAAGUCCACACACUGCAGCUAGAGGGUAGCUCUUUCUAGCCACAAUUAGAGAAAACAGAAGCCUGAACAGCAAGUACCCAGCACAGUCAAAAAUAAACUAAGUAAAUAAAGAAAAUUAUUAAAAAAA